UGGGGAACUACUUCGCAUUGAGUAGGCGAACUUGUGAGUGUGCGCAUCGCGGUCUGGGGCUAAGCAGAAAAAUGAACUCCGCGGUGGUUUAUCAGGCGCUAUGAGCCAUAAUACCGAUGUUUCGUCGUUAUUUGUGAGUGAAUAGGAAAUCGAUCGGAUCGGCCGGGAUGGAGGGCAGCGCGUCCAGGAAUGUUUCCGGGAUUGCACCAGAGCUGUACUUCCUGAUCAGCAAGUUUCUCGACGCAGGCAUCUGCCCGGAAGCUGCGGCGGUACUGAAGCGGGAAUUGGAGCGUGCCGAGAUAUUGCCGCCACGACUCGACUGGGAGGGCAACGUGCAUAGUCAGACAUUCGAGGAGUUGGAGAGAAAAUAUCCUCACAUUGGGCCGAAUCAUUUGUUGGAUAUAUGUGCAAGAAUCGGACCAAUAUUGGAGAAAGACGUGCCACCAUGCGUUCGUGGAGCAAUAUCGCUUCUGGGAGCUGGCAGACAAUCUUUGCUGCGUACCCACGAAGAUACUAUACAUCGUGCGCACAGCAUUGUCUAUUAUUCUGGAAGAUUCGGUGGAAAACCAUUUCUGGAACUACCUGGUAGUUUAUCAGUGCCUAACAUAGUACGUGUACUUCAGGGACGUGAGAAUUCUGGCCCCGCAAGUCGGAGGCAGGUGAUACCAACAAAAUUCUACAGCAAAAUGAAGUUAUAUCGGCAUACAUUAGGCCACUUAUCUGCAGUAUACUGUGUACUAUUUGAUCGCACUGGUAAAUAUAUUAUAACUGGUGCAGACGAUUUACUUGUCAAAGUCUGGAGUUCCAUCGAUGGACGCUUGCUCGCCACUUUUCGAGGCGCAUCCGCGGAAAUCAUGGACAUCGCAGUGAAUUUUGAUAAUACUCUAUUAGCUGCGGGAAGUUUAGAUCGAAUAAUACGAGUUUGGUGUUUCCAGUCGAUGUCGCCUGUGGCAGUUUUAACUGCACAUACAGGCAUGAUUACGUCCAUCAAUUUUUGUCCAAUAGUAUGUAAUGACGUCUAUUACUUAGUCUCCACUAGUACUGAUGGAUCUGUAGCCUUUUGGUCUCAUACAAAGAAACCGAACGAGAGAGCAAUAUUUCAGCCAAAACCCACUCAAUAUCAUGAGAAAAUGCGGCCUGGCCAAGCGCAAAUGAUUUGUGCCUCCUUCAGUCCUGGAGGCGCAUUUAUGGCAGCUGGUUCCGCAGAUCAUAAUGUAAGGGUAUAUGCGAUGUUAGUGGACGAAGGACCACGUCGUGUCCUUGAGAUCGAGGCGCAUUCCGACACGGUUGAUAGUAUUCAAUGGGCGCAUAGUGGCUUAAAAUUCAUUUCUGGUUCUAAAGAUGGUACUGCGAAUGUAUGGCAUUUCGAGCAACAGCAAUGGAUGCAUAAACAACUGCUCAUGACGACAAAGCUCCCUGGAGAACCAGAAACAGAUGAUGACACGAAUAAAAAAGCGAAAGUAACCAUGGUUUGUUGGGAUGUGAGCGACGAAUUUGUUAUAACUGCAGUAAACGAUUAUACAUUGAAGGUGUGGAAUGCAAAGUCAGGCGAACUAGUAAAAGUUCUACGGGGACACAAAGACGAAGUUUUUGUAUUAGAAUCACAUCCGAUAGAUCCUCGGAUAAUACUUAGUGCUGGUCAUGACGGACAGCUUAUCAUUUGGGACGUAUUGAAUACGGAACCAUUGGUGUGUUUUCAAAAUUUUGUUGAAGGCCAGGGAAAUUGUGCAGUCUUUGAUGCAAAGUGGUCACCUGAUGGUACAAGACUCGCUGCAACGGAUUCUAAUGGCCAUCUUUUGAUGUAUGGAUUUGGAUGUUGUGUUAACAAACUGGAAAGUAUACCGAAAGAAUUAUUUUUCCACACAGAUUAUCGACCUUUAAUAAGAGAUGGAAAUAAUUAUGUUCUCGAUGAGCAAACACAAACAGCACCGCAUUUAAUGCCUCCACCAUUUUUAGUUGAUAUAGAUGGAAAUCCAUAUCCACCGGCGUUACAAAGAUUAGUACCAGGAAGAGAAAAUUGUAGGGGCGAGCAGUUGGUACCAAAUAUUGCAGUUGGUGCAAGCGGUAUGCAAGAAGUUAUAGAAGGUCUUCCAGAACAACAGCCGCUAAGAUCGGACAUUGAUAGAUUUAAUCGAGGCUCUUGCUCAAAGACAAAAUUCAAUGCAGAUGGAGAAGCUAUUGGUGUUGGUGAAGAUAGAGAAAAUAAUGCCGCGGAACAAUCAAUUCGUCAAAUAGCAAGUCCCCGUGGUAGCAGAGCUGGUUUGAGGAGAGAAGGAAAUGUCGAAGGUGUCCGGCGCAGCGGAAAUUGGCAAAGGGAUAACACUACACCAUGAAUAGCUAUGCUUGUACCUCCUAUCGAACCGGCCGUAAAAGACACUCAGUUUAAAGUGAUUCAAGCUACGGCUGAAAUGGAAUUAGACUGCUGGCGGCGGGAAAUGCGACGACGACCACAACUUACCUCGAGCACUGCCAUUGAUCAAGGCAAUAUAGGAAACAGACUUGUAAACCGUAAGCGUAAUAGAAUUAGGCACGGUUAUAGAACUAGAGCGACGCGUGAUGAAGAGGAUGAGGAAUAUCAGAAUCUUGAUAAUGCUGGCACAUCAGGGAGUUCAACCAGUAGCAACGGUUCCAUCGCUAAUUCCAUCGAGGAGGAUCUUUGCUCAGAUAGUAGUUCAGAUUCUAGUUCUGAAUAUUCUGAUUGGAUCGCGGAUCACGGAGUGAAUUUAGAGCCACCCAAACGCAGUAAACGGAAACCCGUGAAAAAACGAUCUAUUACGCCUUCUAGUGAGACAGACAGAAGACGCAGCAAACGUCCUAAAAAAAAGUAUAAUCAAUAAUUUUUUUUUUUAAUCGGACAGUCUAUAAUCUUUAUUCAAUUUUAGGGAAUACAAAUAGCUAAUGGUAUUCGUGAAGUUCCUGAAAUUUAUCGACCUUCAGAAUGGCUUACCGAAGUAAUACCAAGGAAAGCUCCUUAUUAUCCGCAGAUGGGCGACGAAAUAGUAUAUUUCAGACAAGGUCAUAAAUUCUAUUUAGAUGCAAUUAGGAAUAAAAAGAUUUAUGAGCUUAGUCCGCGGUGUGAGCCUUGGACCAAGAUGACUAUUAGAGCACAAGAGUUUGUAAAAGUAGUGGGUAUUAAAUAUGAAAUACGACCGCCUCGUUUGUGUUGCUUGAAAUUAGCAUUGAUGGAUGAGAACGGUCGGCUCACUCGGCAGAAUUUUACUAUCAAAUACCAUGAUAUGGCCGAUGUAUUAGAUUUCUUAGUAUUGCGUCAAACCUUUGAUAUGGCAUUAGCGCGAAGUUGGUCCGAAGGAGAUAAGUUUCGUUGUAUGAUCGACGACGGUUGGUGGAUGGGUCAGAUUGUCGGAAUGGAACCGUUAGAUGAAGAAUUUCCGGAAUCAUUCUUCAUGUGCUUUCGUGUCAGAUGGGAUAAUGGAGAAUAUGAACGAAUGAGUCCUUGGGAUCUCGAACCUGUUGACGAAGAUAGAAUUCCCACGGAAAUCGGUGAUGCUGUGCCCGUUUUACCGGAGGAGAGACAAGCGAUAUUGUAUCAACCACAUGCGGAAGAGUGGCCCAUGGGUGAUAGAGAAGCAACUUGUCGCCGAAUUAUACGAGGCUUAGAUCAAGUGAUGAGUCUUGCAAUUGCGGAACCAUUUGUGGUACCAGUAGAUCUUAGUCUUUAUCCAACUUAUGCCUACAUUGUGGAAUAUCCAAUCGAUUUGUCAACUAUAAAAGCCCGUUUUGAGAAUCACUUCUACAGAAGAAUUACGUCGGCACAAUUUGAUGUUAGAUAUUUGGCAACGAACGCCGAGCAAUUUAAUGAACCGCACAGUCACAUAGUGAAAAAAGCGAGAAUUGUUACUGAUUUAUGUCUACGCAUAAUAAAGGAGACUACCGAUGUAGAUGUCCCAGCAGUAUAUCAUCAAUUGAACGAUACAUACCACUCUUCUGAAUCAGAGAUAGAUGUAGAAAACAGACCCUCAACAAGUAAACAAAAAUCCGCAUCAAAUAGAAAUUUACGUUCGCAGGAGAAUAGAGACUGGAAAAUAGCUUGUCGCCAAUUGUUGGAGAGCUUAUGGCAAUGCGAGGAUUCAAUACCGUUCAGAGAACCGGUGGAUAGAUUAGAACAUCCAGAUUAUCACCAAAUAAUAGACACUCCGAUGGAUUUGGGCACCGUCAAGGAAGACUUAUUAGGCGGAAAUUAUGAGACACCAGCGGAAUUUGCGAAAGACAUGAGAUUAAUAUUUUUAAAUAGUAGGAAUUAUAAUACCAACAAACGAUCGAAAAUAUAUUCGAUGACAAUAAGAUUAUCGGCCAUGUUUGAGGAACACAUGCGUAGGAUACUUUUUAAUUGGAAAUCAGCGCGUCAACAUAACAACAACAAAAAUACAAAAACAAAAGCAAAAAAAGGGAAGAAAGGAAAGAGAAAGUAUCAAAAGAAAAAACACAAUUUAAGUAAUGGUACAGGACCUUCCAAAUCAAAAUCCGUUCCUAGUGAUGAUGACGAGGACGACAGCGAAGACGACGAUGAGGAGUCUGGUAAAGAGCAGAAAAACAAUGAUUUUGACAUAUUUGCACCUGGACCGUCUCGGAUGACGAAUGGUCAUGCAAAGCGAUCUAAUUCUGGUCCGUCUCGACCAUCACUGAAACUACGCAUCUGUCGGUCAACUGUAUCAAAGAAACCGAAAGAUAGUGAUAGUGACGCCAGUGAUUCUGAUGCAACAAUGGAUUCUGAUAGUAGUGAUAGUGCCCCUGUCCGACGAACUAGAGCGAGGACAGCGAUACCCAGUGUUAGUGCCGAUACUGAUUCCGGGGAUGAUUAUACACCUGGCGGUCGUAGCAAACAGGUUCGUAAGAAUCGCGGCAGAAAUAUUAAAAAUGGUAAACAAUCGAAGUCCAAAGUGAAAUUGAACAUUAUCGCGGAUGACGAUGACGACGAUGAUGAUGAUGACGACGAUGAUGACGACGAUGACGAUGAUGAUGAGUAUGUUGCGGAGAGCAAGAUAAACGAGGAAAAUGAAGAGGAUGAAGAAGAAUGCCUUGCGCCGGAUUCUACAGAGGAAGAGAGUGAAGAUGAAAAGAUUAUCAAAAGGGAUACUAGAUCACGAAAGUUAGUGACUGAAAACGCGCAAAACCAAAGACAUUCUGCUAAUAACGGGAAGAACAAUAACAGCGAUAGUGAAAGCGAAGAAGAUGACGAUGAGGAAGAACAAAAUGAGGAAGAGGAUGAAGAAGAAGAUGAAGAAGAGCAGCAGCAGCAGCAACAGUUACAACAGAGGAGAGCAGCAGUUAAUACUAAUAAUCAAGACUCAGAAGAUAGCGAUUAUUCGUACAAAGAAUUCCAGUCGUUGCGCUCGAGUCGUCGGAAACAGCGCAAUUUUGUCAAGUUGGAAGACACGAGGCAGCAUAGACGAUCCUCGGCUCGGAAGCGUCCCUGUUACAACGAGGAGAGCGAAGACAGUAAUGCACAAGACAGUGUAGCACCGAUCAGAAAUCGACGUAAAAUCAAACGUCGCUCAUACGCCGAAGAUAGCGAUGAAAGCAUGCCGGAACGCGGCAUCAGCAUAAGUAGCCGCGGUCGCAUACGUAAAAUGACGCCACGUGCCCGCGCCUACCUUCUAGAAUCGCCCUAGCGACAUCUACGUUAGGUCAAAAUUAUGUGAAAAAAAUCUUUGUAAGUAUUUUAAAAACUGUGGUAUCCUGCCACACAUUGAAAACUCGGAUCCGUUUCUUGUCUCGAAGGAACUCCCAAGGUGAAUGGAGUUUUCAAUCGAUUGAUAUUUCGAUCUCGACGUUUGUUUCGUCGUUGCAUUAUUUUCUAUAUGCGCGUAUAAUCGCAAUACGAAUCUCCGAUAUAGACGAUAUAGACGCUCCACAGUUUUCGGAGAUAAUGCGCGUAAAUUGAAACGAGAUUUGAUUCUUUUUUCUGCGCUCAAGCGUAAGGCGUUUACUUGUAUAAAAGAUUGAGAUUGUCGUAGAGUAAAUCGUAUUGAGCGCUUUUACAAAGUACUUCUAUUUUUAUGAAAAGUGGCUUAUUCUAUAUGAAAAGUAUUCUUUUCUUUUUACAUUUAUCUAUAUUAUCGAUCCGAAUGACACAUUGGCUUAAUGAUACCAAACCAAAUCAGUAUGAACAGAUACGUGAUAUUUUCGAUAUCUCAUAGCUUCCUCUGUUUUCUUUGCCCCCUCAACCAAAUUUAUUAUAAUUGACAAAUCUGUAUAAAGUUCUUCACUAAUUCUAAAGAAAAUUAUAUAGAAAAUUCUAUAUAAUCGUGUUGUUGUACAGGUAUAAUGAUUAUAUUGUUAACCGUCUUGAAAGUGUAAGAGACAAAAGCGUAUUCUUCGUGAAAAAAUAUGAACCUACACUUCGUUAUAUGAUUGCUUCCAUCAAAGCUUUAGUUGACAAAUGAAAUUUUCAUGCUAAAAUAGAAAAGAAAGAAAUCAUGUUAUUUUAUAAAAUAGUUUUCAAUCUUAUUAAAGCAGCAAAGGAAGGUUAAACAAUAUUUAUGAAAUUUAUCAAGUUAUUGUUUUAACAGUUCUUCGCAUCAUCAUUGUAAUAAUAUUAUUCGUUGAGAGUUUAUGGGCUCAUAUUGAGACUCUUGUUUCUUCACCGCAGUCAUCUUAAAUCAGAAAAUUUGAUCUCGAUUUGUGUGUACAGAGAAAUUAAGUAGAUAGAAAUUGUAAUUGUCACGAGAUCCAUAUUUCGCUGGAAGUAUAGAAUAUGUAAGUUUAAAAAAAUUCAAAUGUGAUCUCUAAAUUUUUUAUUCUUUCAUAGUGUAAUUCUCCAUAAAACUGUGGUGAAAAAUCAAGAGUCUAUUUGUAAGUCUUAAAACAUGUUUCAUUAUAAAAACAUGAAUCAGUAUUUAUUUUAUCUAUGAGAAAUUUUUUCAAGACAAAGACUAAGUCGUAACGUAAUUAAUUAAUGUGUUAAUUUUUACAUUGCUCGAGAAUAGGGUAUGCAGUUAGAUACAAUGAUUAUCCUCUUAGAUAGCGGAUUUAUAAUUUUAAGUUAUUUUAAGUUAUAUUAAACGACGUAAUAUGUACGAUAGUGAUAACGAUUUGUUAACAUAGCGAGAGAAUUGAUUUUAUUUCCUUUGAUGAAUCUGUGAACACUAUUUAGGAGUAUAGAAGGAAUCUUUAUUAUUUUCUUCUCUUCUUUUUUUCUUCCUUCUUCUUCCUCCUUUUCUCUCUAUGAGAAUCCUGUCACGAGUACCAUUCUCGGUUCUCACGGCUUUACUUAAUUUACCACAGAAUAUGUAGAAAGAUGAUCCGCGUGCGUGUAAAUACAUCGUGUCCACUCGAGCAUCAUUCUUAUUCUUUUUUUCUUAAUAUUGACGUUACAUAGGAUUAUGUGUAUGGUCUGUAGUUUGCGCGUAAAAUAACGAUUUUUUACAUAGAAUUUGUAUAUCUGUUACAGACUUAAUAAGAAAAUUGCGAUUUUAGAAUUUUUCACGAAGGCAGAUAGAGACGUUUUCCAGGUUUAUAUGACGCGAAUUUAACAAAUGCAUUACAUAUUUGUAUAAAUGAUUAUCGCAAGACAGUUGUGCCGCCAGCAGCUGACAUCGUUUAUCAGGAUACAUACACAAACAUCAGAAGUCUUGACUGUCUCGAGCCAUUGUGAUAUUAGUUUAAGAAUAUCAAAUAUAUAUAAUAUGUAAAUUAUCAAUAAUUAGGAUUAUAAUGGAUAUUUUUUUAAUGACUUAUAUAAGAGAGUCAUAUCACAUAAUAGAUUCGAUAAUGCAUCCAGUCUUGGAUUAAUAUUGAUUUAACCAUGUUAAACUUGGGUCUCGCUCUAUCAUACAAUAAUCGAUAUACUUUACAUGAUAAAUACCCAGGAAUAAUAUAAUUUCAUGUGUGUGUGUGUGUGUGUGUAUAUAUAUAUAUAUAUACAUAUACACACACAUACACAUCCUCAUCAAAGACUAUACAGGACUUAACAUGAAACAGUUGUGUUAUGUACAGUUUGACACUUAUUCUGUUGUGAAAUCAGCGUGCUCUGUUAUAUACAAUACAGUUCUUUAAAAUCUACCACCAUUAAUAAAGAUUAAAUUAUUUUA